GCCAUGGAUUUCUACUACCUUCCCGGAUCUGCACCGUGCCGUGCCGUGCAAAUGACGGCUGCCGCCGUUGGCGUCGAGCUGAACUUGAAGCUUACCAACCUGAUGGCUGGUGAGCACAUGAAGCCGGAAUUUCUAAAGCUGAACCCGCAACACUGCAUUCCGACGCUGGUCGAUGAGGACGGGUUCGUGCUGUGGGAGUCGCGUGCAAUCCAGAUCUAUCUCGUCGAGAAGUACUGCGCCCACGAUGAGACACUCGCCGAGCGUCUAUAUCCACAAGAUCCGCGUCGUCGCGCCGUGGUACAUCAGCGGUUGUUCUUCGACGUGGCCGUACUGUAUCAGCGGUUCGCCGAGUACUACUACCCGCAGAUCUUCGGCAAGAAGGUGGCUGGCGAUCCGGACCGGUUGCGGUCGAUGGAGCAGGCACUCGAAUUUCUCAACACCUUCCUGGAGGGUGAACGGUUUGUUGCGGGCGGGGACGAUCCAACGAUUGCGGAUUUUAGCAUUUUGGCCUCGAUCGCAACGUUCGAGGCCGCUGGCUAUGACUUGCAUCGGUACGAAAACAUUCACCGAUGGUACGAACGCACCAGUGAAAUAGUCCCGGCUGCUGAUAAGAAUUUGGAGGGAGCCAAAAUAUUUGGGCGUUACUUCACGGACAAAUGA